AUGAUUCCUAAGAGCACAGGUAAGAGCUGGUUUAGGUAUUUCCAGUACGACGAACAGAGAGACUCACCGGCCGAAGUGAGGAACAUUUUGCUAAUAAUCGUCGCGUUGAUCGCGGCUGCAACUUUUCAAGCGGGAGUGAAUCCUCCCGGGGGGUUAUGGCAAGAUAAUGGUAACGGACAUGUGGCCGGAACGGCCAUUUUCGCAACGGAGAGACACGCUUAUUAUGUGUUUCUGAUAUCGAAUACAUUGGCUUUCUCCACUUCCAUAUUGGUUCUAUUAUCUCUUACUUACAAAUUCCCUUUUCAUUUUGAAAUUUGGAUCGCUACCACCUCCAUGAUUGUCACUUAUGGAUCCGCUGUUUUUGCUGUUACGCCUCAUCAUCAGCAUGUGCAUUUUCGCUAUCUUUUAUUUACUGCUGCUGUUCCUUUUAUGACUAGAGCUUUUAUUCAGAUGUUCCAUAAAUGUAGACAUUAA